CCCAGCCACGAAUGAAAUCCCUUCAAAUGAAACACUUAGCUAAUGCCUGGCAGACGUUGUAGUGUUAUUUUUGUUGUUGUUGUUUUCCCAUUUUAAUGCUUGUGAUAACCUCAUGCGAUGGCUACUCUUAUUUUCCUUUAGCGGGGUGGGAGGUGGACAAGAAAAUGCAAAGCCUCCGGGAGUGAAGCGCCGUACCCCAACCUCACAGACCCAGGAGGCAAAGCUAGAAUUAGUUCCGAGUGGGCCCGCCUUCAAAGUGUUCGUCCCCAACUUCUAUCCUCUAGGGGACUCUUGUGUCGCGUGGCAGCCACCCGGGUCUAAGGCGGGGGUGGUUUUCUACGCGGGUCCCCGGUGACCCCCGAGCUCGCCCAGUACCGACCUCCUCCCGCUCGGUCCCCCGAGAGCCGCGGAGGUGGGGAGGGGUUGCCACGCAGUCGGGCUCUGGGCGCCAGGGGUGGGUCGGGGGAACGCGGGUUGAGGACCAGCGGCAGCCUGGCCCCGCGAAGCCCGCCGAGAGGAGCGCAGGGUAGGCGCGCCUCCUCCGCUCGGGGCACAGCGUCCCGCGCACGGAUGCACGGAUGCUCCGUUGAGGAACAAGGCGGGUGGUUUACUGCUUUCAUUGCUUCCAUCCCAGAUUGAGACAUAGCGUCUUUGUAGCCAGAUCCGGGCAGGCUGUGGAUGUUAAAACCCAGCACUUUUUUUUUUUUUUAAUUGAAGCCUCACAGCCCCGGUCCCCGCCCUGUCGCCGUGCCUCCUGGUCGGGGUCGCUGGUCUGGGCUCAGCGCUCGCCGCGGUGAAAGAAACGAGCGGCCGCCCGGGUGAGCGGACCCGGCGUGGGGAGUCCGCGCGCAGUGAGACCGGGAGCCUGCGGCGAGCCGGCGGCGAGAGCUGCGCUCCGAGACGCUGGAACCGGAGAGGUUCGGGUCCCGCCGGCCGUCCGCUCCGACUUCCCGCGCCGAUCGCCGAUCGCCGCUGCGCGCGCCCGGGCGCCCGACGGUUCCCCCUGCGGGAAGGUCGGUGUGCCGCUCGCAGAUCGUUAGAUCGAUACGAGGUGUGCCGACAGAAAGAUCGGAAAUACAGAAGGUACGUCGCUUUUAAAAGUUUUAAAAAAUGCAGUGAUGGCUGCCUCUUUAGGAAAGCACACAGACGCAAUUAUAUGUAUGCAUUUAAAAAAUACAAGCGAUUGCGCACCGACUGAGAAGGAGCUCUUUACCGUGGUGGCGCAAACAUUCUCUAUCUUGUUCGGGAGUGAUAGUGGCAGAGGAAUUAAGGUGUCAAAAUUUGUAGACACCGCACUGAAGAUCUGCGCGUUGUAUCGCGCGUACACGGUACAGCGGUUGGAAAAAAAAAACGGAACAUAAAUGUGCGUGCACGUAAAAAGUUAGUAAGUAACAUUACAUACUGCGCAUAGAAAAGUCGAUUCAGCGCCGCCGUAGACGUACAUUUUGGCAACGGAGCGCGGCUCUCUGUGGGGCUGUUUAUUUCUGCAAGCUCGGCCCGGCCGGGAAUGGGGGAGAGAGGAGGCGGCUGACAUCACUCGGGGCGGGGCCGCGGCGCUAAGAAAAGUCGGCGGGACCCGAGCGGCCCCGGCACAGCCUCACCAUGAGCUGCCGCAACACGUCUGAGCUCCACAUCCUCGGCAGCUCGGACCAGCUGGUCCUGCAGCCGCUCUGGGACCAGCUGCGCGCCCGGGACGCGCUCACGCAGUCGCCCCUGUUCGCGGUCAUCUUUUCCAUCAGCACGUACGUGGGCUUCUGCCUGCCCUUCGUGGUGCUGGACGUUCUGUGCCCCUGGGUGCCCGCGCUGCGGCGCUACAAGAUCCACCCGGACUUCUCGCCGACGGCGCGGCAGAUGCUGCCCUGCCUGGGGCAGACCCUCUACCAGCACGCCGUGUUCGUGCUCCCCUUGACGCUGCUGUCCUGGGCCUGCGGCCCGGCCCCCUGGCCCCGCGAAGCCCCCGAGCUGCUGCAGCUGGCGCGCCACGUCCUGGGCUGCCUGCUCCUCUUCGACGCGGAGUUCUUCGCGUGGCACGUGCUCCAUCACAAGGUGCCCUGGCUCUACCGCACCUUCCACAAGAUGCACCACCGCAACUCGGCCUCGUUCGCCCUGGCCACGCAGUACAUGAGCGCCUGGGAGCUGUUCUCCUUGGGCUUCUUCGACGCGGUGAACGUCACGCUGCUGCAGUGCCAUCCGCUCACCGUCCUGGUGUUCCACGUGCUCAACAUCUGGCUGUCGGUGGAGGACCACUCCGGCUACGACUUCCCCUGGUCCACGCACAGACUGGUACCCUUCGGGUGGUACGGCGGCGUCACGCACCACGACCUGCACCACUCGCAGUUCAACUGCAACUUUGCCCCUUACUUCACGCACUGGGACAGAAUCCUGGGCACUCUUCGGUCCAAGUGACUCGCAGCCUCCCGGCCGGGCUGGUAUACCCCGGGGGGGGGGGGACGCCCCCUUCCCCACGCCCCCCCCCCGACCCAGGACUGCCGCAGGGCACUUCAGCUUCAGUCAGGAGAAACACACCUGAGCUGUUGUGUCUUGUUUUGUUUUUUGUAAGUAAUUGAUUACCUGCUGGAGAUUUAAAAUCGGAUGUAUUUUCACAGUCUGAUGAAGUGAUUUAUAUCGUUUCCGUGUAUUGACAGUUGUAUUCUUGGAGUCAGAUUCUAGCUCACUUCAAUAGCCUUGAUUCCUGGAUAUGUUAGACACUCAUCACUGGCAUAUUUAAAUCAUCUCAAAGAGGAUUUGACUGUCAGACAAGGAAGGUCUUAUGUUUGAAAGUGUCCUAGAAAUAGGCUAAAAUAACGUGUUCUUAUGGAGAAUGUGAUCUCUGACUCUAUUAGCCACAAAACAUGUUCCUGCUGGACAGUAAUCACAAUCGGUGUGCUUUUUUCUAUUUUUUCAUGUAACUGUAUAUUUAUAUUGAAAGAAAUGUUAUUUGUAUUUAAAAAAAAAAAAAAAAGAACAGAACAUAAACCAAA